AUGGCUCACGGACGCACAUCGCAAAAAGAUACCACCGAAAUCGCCACGAGUACUUGCAAUCGGUCGAACCCCAACGAGAACUCCCGACCGAGUGCCACCGAUCGACGCGAUAGCUUUCCCAUCCCCCAGAUUGAUAGGAGCGCGGGGCUCGGGCUGCCGAUCGUGGCGCCAAUUCACCUUGUCGAGAACCACCCCCUCGGUUCCCCGCGGGGUGGAAUUUGGGGCAUGAAUACCUCGACGACACCACACACGCCGCUCGAGAAACUCUUGUUGUUUCGCGGCAUCGCCAACCAUGGUAUUGGGGAGGGCAGCUUUGUGACCAUCGCCGGGAUCCUCCAGAACAACAACCUCAUCAAAAACGACGACACUUUCGAUGCUCAGCGGCUGAAUCCCGAGAGCCUGCGAGACCUCUUCCUGAGGCUGUUGCGCGAGGAGGUGAGGGUCGAGAGCGAAAACACACUCGGCCCCGAUGGUGCCCUGUCGCCAGCGUCGAAGAAGCGCAAGCUGCAGUCACCGCCGCCGUUGACGCUUAAGGAUGCCCGUCAACAUAUUGGCAAGCUUGAGAGUGCCUACAACAAGAUCUACGAUGCCUAUCUCAACCACACGGCUGACGAAAUACGGAAGUUCGAAGAGCAAUAUGAUGAACUGGACGGGGAGAUAAAAGAGCUGGAAAAAUUGGGGACGACAGAACCCGACACCGGACCGAAACCUCCAACCCCACAGGGUGCUCUAGUCGUAGGGAAACACGAGCCAGGGCCGUCAAGUAGGGUUGGGCCAUCCCCAGGGGCCCUGCCGCGGCCCCCCCAGGUUCCAGUUUCUUCGACGUCCCAGCAAGCCCUACGGAAUUUACAACCGUUGCUGCCCCAACCGACAACGCAGAAAGAGGUUAGAAACGGGCUCUCGCCUUUACAACCGGCAGCCCCAGAGAAGGUAUCCUCCGCUCCUCGACCGUCUGCUCCCACCCACCCUGAACUUGCGCGCUCUCCUCAGCUUGGUCCGCAAGAGGUAUCCAGAGUUCCGGUGACAAAGUCAACCGCAGUCCCGAAGUCUCAGAACACGGCGCCUCAGGUUCUCCAAGCGCCGCAAGGUGUUACCUCUUUCCAACCUCCGCAGUCGCCUGUGCCACCCCCCGCAGGCGAUGGGCUGCAACGACCGGAAAGUGCUCCAGGAGCGAGACAAUCCCCGUCACUUCCGGGCAAUGUGCUACCCGCACAGGGGCAGCUGAAAUGGGAGCCGCCCUACCAACCAAAUACCCCUUGGCGACAUGCGACGAACCCUCAACAGCAACAACAGCAGGAUCACCAACAACAGCCCAACAUGCCAAAUACACCGUCACAGCCUAUUCCUCCCUCAAGAGGCUCUCAGCAACCAGCAGCAGCACAUCCCAGCUCGGUAGCUAUCCAAGGACAGACCACUAGGCCGUUGCAUCCUCAGCAGGUUUUGAUCCCCCCGCAUUCUACGGCCCAAUUUGCGGCACCACUCCAGUCGCCACAGGUCAGGGCGCCUGCAGACUCAAUAACUGAGCCAGGCAAACAGCAACCACUGCACCCUACGGCGGCAGCUAGCAACGCCCCACAACCGCAGUCUCCCUACGUCCCGCCAUAUCAAGGUCACCCCGUUCCAACUCCAAGCCCUGCCACUCCACUUCAUCCUACCUCCCAGGUCCCCCCACCCAGCCCAAGCCGGGCCGCCGCGAUUCCGGCAGUUCCCACGCCGCCAGUCGCUGUUCCGUCCAGGCCGAGUCCUGGGUUAGCUGCUCAGCAGCCACAGCAUCGGGCGGCUUUACAACCGCCGUCGUACAAUCAGCAACAUGCCCCGCGGGGCGGGCCGUCGCCGGCCCCCGGACCCCCAGACGCAGGCCAGCGCUACAGCUCCCCAUAUCAACCACCCCGACCUGCGGCUGUGGAUCGCAUUCACCCUCGGUUCCCCGUUACUUCGACACCCACGCGGGCGGCUAAGUUCAGUCCGGCUCCUUCCGCUCCUCAAACUCCUACUAUGACUCUUCCUACGAGACUAGCAAAGGGUAGCGGGACUAAGUGGGUCUCGAACUCGACGCCGUCGACCCCUAAGCCGGGAAUCGAGUUUCGGUUGGGAUAUGACGACGUGCCCAGUCCAGCUUAUGAGCCGACGAGCCCCGUCUUGCGGCCCUCAGCGCCACCAGUGCUUAAGCAGGCGCCGAAACGCGAAGGGCCAACGGAAACCCCGAAACACAAACCAGGGCGGCAGCCUGCGCCGCAGCGACCCCAAGGCAUUUCCACACCUCAACCCGGUCCGCGACCCACAGUAGCCAUGCCGGCAGAUUCCCAGGUCAAGCAGGCGGCUAUGGAGUCGGAACCACCAAAAGUUAAGCACGAGGUGACCACGCCACGGCGGUCAACUGAAGCCGGGGACACCACCGCGGAUGAGAGCCUGACCCCAACACCCGGCCGGGCCCCCCGCGCGAGCCAGCUACGCGAGGCCCUCUCCGAAGGCCUCAACCCAGCCGACCCGCCCAAACUCGUGCUCUGGACGCGCUCCUUCAACAAAGUCUGCGGCUCCGCGAUGGAACAGAUAGUACAUCACCGGUCCGCCAACAUGUUCGCAGCACCCAUCCGCGAAAAGGACGCCCCGGGCUACCAUAAGGUGGUCAAGCAAGCGCAGGACCUCAAAACCAUCCGCGCCGCCAUCAGCCACGGCAACCGCGCCGCUGCCCAAGCCGCCGCGGCCCUACCCGACGGCGCGGACCAGGGAUCCUCCUCGGGCGUCUGGCUGCCCCGCACCCACGAACUCAUGCCCCCCAAAUCCAUCAUCAACUCCUCCCAGCUCGACCGCGAGCUCGCCCACAUGUUCUCCAACGCCGUCAUGUACAACCCGGACCCCCACCACGGGCCGGGCCCUGCCUUCCUCAGACCGGAGGUCGACGAGGACGAGGAGGUCGCGGACGCGGACGCCGGUGGGGGCGGUGGUUCUGGUGGUGGUGGUGGUGGGGUCGCGCAGGAUAGUGGCGUGCUGGGGUACAAGGUGGAUGAGUUUGGCGUGGUCAAUGAUGCGCGCGCCAUGUUUGUCGAGGUCGAGAAGCUGCUUAGUGAGCUGCGCUCGGCUGAGGUCCGGCGCAAUGUUCCUCCCGGUGCGAGUGGGGGGGGCGGCGACGGGGACGGGGACCAGUACACGCCUAGUUAG